AUGAUCCGAUAUGAUCUGGUGAUGCUCCGAUAUGCUAUAGUUAUACUAUCCCCGAUACCUCAAGCUCACCCGCGCGUCCUCCGCAGCGGCAAGGCUGUGGCUCUGCGCAGGGGUUUUUCGGGGCUCCUCCAGCGCAGCCUUUUUAGCCCUGAACAUCCUCACGCCAACAAAACCCGGACGCAGGAUUCAUCACCUGGAGUAGCAGGACUUGCGCACACGAUACAAGACAGUCUGUGCCUCUUUACUAUUAUACAAAGAAUAAACGAAAUAUAUUUAAGCACUAUUUUUCCUAUUAUUCUCAGGCCUACAUUUACAUGUGGAGGAGUUGUAUCUGGAGAGUCAGGGUUUAUUGGGAGUGAAGGAUUUCCUGGAGUCUACCCUCCAAACAGCAAAUGUACUUGGAAAAUCACAGUCCCAGAAGGAAAAGUGGUGGUUCUUUCUUUUAGAUUUUUAGACCUAGAAAGUGAUAAUUUGUGCCGAUAUGAUUUUGUGGAUAUAUACAACGGCCACGCCAAUGGACAACGCAUCGGCAGGUUCUGUGGCACUGUGAAACCAGGUGCCCUUGUAUCCAACAGCAAUAAAAUGUUGGUGCAGAUGACUUCAGAUGCUAAUACUGCUGGAAGUGGAUUCAUUGCAAAGUUUUCUGCAGCAGAACCACAUGAAAGAGGGGAUCAGUACUGUGGGGGACGACUAGAGAAGCCGUCGGGGUCCUUCCAAACACCCAACUGGCCGGAGCGAGACUACCCAGCAGGAGUCACCUGCUCCUGGCACAUCGUCGCCCCAAAGAACCAGCUAAUAGAGUUAAAGUUUGAAAAGUUUGAUGUGGAGAGAGACAACUACUGCAGAUAUGACUAUGUCGCAGUGUUUAAUGGUGGGGAAAUCAAUGAUGCUAAAAGAAUUGGGAAGUACUGCGGCGACAGUCCACCAGCGCCUAUUCUGUCUGAAAGAAAUGAGCUGCUCAUUCAGUUUUUGUCUGAUUUAAGCUUAACAGCUGAUGGUUUUAUUUGCCAUUAUAAAUUUAGACCAAAAAAGUUACCCACAACUACAGUUCUGCCUACUACCACGACAGUCCCUGCUACCUCUAUUGUGAAACCAACAGUUGCCCUGUGCCAGCAGAAGUGUAAGAGGAGCGGGACUCUCGAAAGCAAUUAUUGUUCAAGCAACUUCG